AUGAGAAAGGCUAAAAAUCAGCCAAGAACUACACGGGAGGAGCUGGUUAAUGAUCUCAAGGCAGCUGGGACCACAGUCUCCAAAAAACCCAUUGGUAAUACACUGAGACGUAAUGGUUUAAAAUCCUGCAGUGCACGCCAGGUUCCUCUGCUCAAGAAGGCUCACGUCCAGGCCCGCCGCAAAUUUGCCAAUGAACAUUUUAAUGACUCCGAGAAAGACUGGGAGAAGGGCACAGGCCAACUUCACCGCAUCGACGGGAAGAUGAACGGGGCCAUGUAUCGCAAAAUCCUGGGUGACAACCUCCUUGCCUCCGCCAGGAAGAACCAUGAACCAGGAGCAAGAGUGGCUUUCCCCGCCCAGUCCUCCCACAGCCUGUGGGUGCUGGGGGGGCAACUGCUGGCCCAAGCUGGCCUUCUUCAGCAGGGAGGACCGACUCCUGGAGAGGCCCUGAGAGAGAGCGGCAGACAGGGAGAGAUCAGAGGAAUGGAGGAGAUCAUCAGAGAGCAAGAGAUGGAGAUCCUGAGAUCCAGAGAGAGAGGGAGCGAGCUGAAAAGAGAGGUGCAGAGGAUGAAGGAGAAACUAGCAGAGGAGGAGAAGAAUCAUCCAGACGCUGAGAGAGAAAGACUGCUCCUCCGGCAGCGGCUGCAGAAAGAGAGAGAGAUGGAGCAUUUCAGAUGGACAGAGAGAGAGGAGGCUCUAAGAAGAGAGAUAGAGACAAUAAAAGAAAGAAUGGCCUUCAAGGAGAGACGCAGGGAGGAGAGCAGCCUCCUGAGAGAAACGGAGAAUCUGAAAGCCAGACAGAGAGAGGAGAAAGUGAUGCUCGAGAAGGAGGACAAGAAAGAGAGAAGGGCCCAUAGAGAACGACAGAGAAAAGAAGAAAGGAAUCAUGAGAGAGAAGAGGUGAUGGUUCUGAGAGAAAGACAGAGAGAGAUAGAAAGAGAGAAAGAGAGAGAGGAGGAGUUAAAGAGAGUGCAGCGAGAGCAUGAACAAAUGGAGAGGGAGCAAAUGGAGAAAAGAAAGAUGGAAGAAGAGAUGAAAAGAGAGAAAGAAAAGCUGGAAGAACUGGAGGAGUCAUGCAGGAAGAUGGAGAGAGAGAUGGAGAUGGUGAGGAAGGCGGCGAAAGAG